CUAACAAUGUUGGAGAAUGAGGAAAAUCUCCAGGCAGCUUUCAAAAAGUUAAGAGUUGAUUCAGAACGAUCCACUGCUUCUCUCCCUGUGAGUGAGGGGGCAUCUCCACAAACAUUUGUAGAAAAUACAGAUGAAUCCAAAGUGAAGAUGACAUUAGGAUCUAAAGAAAGUUGGCACUGGUGUUUGAAAAAACCUUUGAGAGGAACAAUUCGAACCCAACGUCACCGGCGAUCAAAGUCUCCAGUACUCCAUCCUCCUAAAUUCAUCCAUUGCACUAAACAAAUGCCUUCCUGUAGCCAACCCAUCCACAAGAACCUAACAGAUGCUUUUCAAAGCAACAAAGAUUUGGAUGUGCCGAAGAAAUUUUCUGAAAAUGAACUGGGCAGUCAUCCUCUAGAAUUUGGCAAGAAGGAAUCAGAUGUCAAAGAUUCCGAGGCAUCCAUGAUUGGAAUACCAAAGAAUAUUUCUGAAAAUAUUGGUAGCGUUCUUCCCACAGAAAUUCUAAAGGUCUCAGAUCUUUCUGAUUUCCAGUCUGUGUCUGAACAAAAUAAAGGGAAUUUUUGUGCAUGUGUAAAGAAUGAAUGCCAGUGUAAGCAAUGGCAAAACCUGAAUGUGUACAUGUUUUCUGACAUACAGAACUCCCUCCAGGGUGUGUCUGAAAGAGCAGCACAUGUGCAAGACAGUUCACAGCUCACAUCAAGAAUUUCCUCCAGUUCUCUCAAAUCUUGCUCUGAACAAGCCAGAGCUCAUGUAGAUGAUGUGACUAUUGAAGACCUUUCAGGUUACAUGGAAUACUUCCUGCAUAUCCCUAAGGAAAUGUCGCACAUGGCGGAAAUGAUGUAUACCUGA